ACGAUAAACAAGCUCCACCACAUCCAGUGGGAAACGAAUUAGAGUUGGAGCGCCUUAGGAUACCGCAUUGGUCGGCGGAACAGGCUUUCUAAGGUGUACGUCAACUCAAGGGGCUUUACUUCGCAGCAUGUAUAUGCUUAUGACUGCACCGUAAUAAGUUGUAACCGACACCAGCCCCUGCUGCGAUUAGCACAGCAACCUGGGAGGUGGGUGGAGCGGCGUUCUUCCUUCCACAAGAAAACAUCCAGAGCACACACCAAGAGGGCAGCAAGACCAGAUCCAGCCCACCCUUCCAUGCCAGCCUGUUUUGCUGGAGGCCGACCACCACCGCCACCCAGGACAUCUCUGGCGCGCUUCCGAGGCUUUUUUCGGGUGGCUGCUGUCGGUCUUCACCCCUGCGCUUGCCUUGCAGAGCAAGCAGCGCCUGCCUCCUUUAGCUUGCCGCUCCCCGUGCAGGCGACGCCGAAGCCCUUCCCCUGGGCCGGCUCCAGGCGGGCCUCAGCUUCUGCACCGCCCCACCCCGACCGUCCACGUGUGAUUGCGCGAAGAUGGCGUCUCCCAUGGCUAGACAGGCCGGGUGCGCGUUGCGGGAUUUGGCUGCGUUCAGAGCGGCUCUGCUGCGGAGGAAACGCAGUGCGUCUGUUCAAUUAACCCCUAGACGAUGGCUAAACCUGCAGGAAUACCAGAGUAAGAAACUGAUGGCUGAUCAUGGGGUCACAGUUCAGAGAUUCUUCGUGGCUGACACUGCAAAUGAUGCACUCGAGGCUGCUAAGAGACUCAAGGCUGCAGAAAUUGUAUUGAAGGCUCAGAUCUUAGCUGGAGGAAGAGGGAAGGGUGUUUUCAGCAGUGGACUCAAAGGAGGUGUGCAUCUCACUAAGGACCCUACAGUUGUAGGACAACUUGCUCAACAGAUGCUUGGAUACAAUCUUACAACAAAGCAAACCCCAAAGGAUGGUGUUAAAGUUAAGAAGGUUAUGGUGGCAGAAGCACUGAACAUUUCAAGAGAAACCUAUUUUGCAAUAUUAAUGGAUCGAGCUUGCAACGGACCAGUUCUGGUUGGCAGCCCAGAAGGUGGGGUUGACAUAGAAGAAGUGGCAGCUAAAAGCCCAGAGCUCAUCUUCAAGGAGGAAAUAGAUAUUUUUGAAGGUGUGCGAGAUGCUCAAGCGCUGAAGAUGGCAGAGAAUCUUGGAUUCAAAGGGUCUCUCCAACAGCAGGCUGCCGAUCAAAUUAAAAAGCUGUAUAAUCUUUUCCUGAAAAUUGAUGCUACUCAAGUUGAAGUGAAUCCCUUUGGUGAAACUCCAGAAGGACAAGUUGUGUGCUUCGAUGCCAAGAUAAACUUUGAUGACAAUGCAGAGUUCAGGCAAAAAGACAUAUUUGCCAUGGAUGACAAAUCUGAGAGUGAUCCUUUUGAAAAUGAAGCUGCCCGUUAUGACUUGAAGUAUAUAGGCAUGGAUGGAAAUAUUGCAUGUUUUGUCAAUGGAGCUGGGCUUGCUAUGGCAACCUGUGAUAUAAUUUACCUUAAUGGUGGAAAGCCUGCCAAUUUCCUGGAUCUAGGUGGAGGCGUGAAGGAAGCGCAAGUGUAUCAAGCAUUCAAAUUGCUCACUGCUGAUCCCAAGGUUGAAGCAAUUCUAGUCAAUAUUUUCGGUGGAAUUGUCAACUGUGCCAUUGUAGCCAAUGGGAUCACUAAAGCCUGCCAGGAGCUUGAACUGAAGGUGCCUCUGGUGGUUAGACUGGAAGGGACCAAUGUUCAUGAAGCCCAACGCAUUCUGAAUGAAAGUGGACUUCCAAUAACUUCAGCAAGUAACCUUGAAGAGGCUGCCAGGAAGGCAGUGGCUAGUGUGACAAAGAAAUAAAAGCACUGCCAACAAAGAAAUCUCCGGUUCACAAUGGAUGACAUUCCCAAUGUUGCCUCAAAUUAUAUAUAUAUAUAUAUAUUUAGGAUUUUUUAUUCAGCAUUGAAUAGGGUUAGACCUGCCCUCUCCACCCAAUAUUGAACUUACAAAAUGUUCAAUGUGUAAACAUUCAUAUCUGUGUUAAUACUGAAGCUACCUGUACUUUUCAAAUUAAUCUGACAAACCUGUGAGUGGCUAUAAUUACUACCUACAGAUACAAUCAUUCAGGUUUCUUCUGCAAUAUGUUAAUGUUCUUGACUUCUAAUUUUAAUAAGAUAAAUGGUAUAUCUUUAUGAUCCAAGAGGAGUAAAAGCCUUGUUGAUAGUCAUGGUCAGGAUCUAAAGAACUGCACCAUUUGUUCCAGUCACCCAAGUGGAAUUUGACCUCCUGCUUCUCAAAAUGCAGCCCUGUUGUGGCAGAUUGCUUUCAAAAAGAGCGUAUAGUGUGGGAUGAUCAAUGCUGGCUCCAGGAUUUGGAGGAACCUUUGACACAAUGCCUGCAGUUGACCAUGCUCCCUGAUGAGCCUGCUGUUUUGCUAUUGCCGACUCAUUUACCCUUUCCCUUUGGGUCCACUCCUCUCUGCCACCCACAGUGAGAAAGUGAGUUGAAUGGACUCUCAGAUGGAGCCAGCAAGUAGACCACAACUUCAGACAAGAGGAGUUAUGAACCAGUGGGCUCAUAUCCCUUUGCUCAGUUAUGGCAAAGUGCUUUACAACACCAGCACACAAUAGCCCUAGACAUGAGAUCUGUUGUUGGAAGGAGGAAAGGCAACAGUCCCAUUGGAUAUAUCCAUUGUCUUGGGUGUGCCAGAAGCAGGUCUUUGGAUCCCAACCAUUGUGUUUUUUAAAGAACUUUUCCAGCUGUUUGCAUUAUGUCAUUUGAGCCAAAUUAAUGGGAAUCGUUUGUUGGGGGGUUUUUUAUAUAGCCAGUGUGCUUAAGCACAUGCCUUAAUGAAAUGCUUGUGCUUUGAUACUCUGUGUGUACCUCACACCAGAUGAAAAACAGAAAGGGUAGAUGUGUGGAAGAGUCUCAUUUUGUAUGCUGUAUGAUAAAUGAAUUACUGUCUUAUGAACACUUUGAAAUACUGAGGGAGAAACGCACUACAUCCUCAUGUUGUGGUGCCAUGUGUGCCCAUCCAAUAACUGACUGUGAGCUUCUGGAAUCAAUGUGCAUAGUAGUAGAAUUGCUAUUCAUUGUAUACUAAAGAAUAUGCUCUCUUUAGGGGUUAGCCCUGUAAUGUGAAAAGGAAAACUAUGGUGAAAAAAAUUGGGAUCCAGCUGAAGAUAAGCACUUUCUAAAUUCCAUUGGUUUCAGCUGAAAUGUUAAAAGUAUGUGCUUUGCUCUCAGUUUGAAGUUGUUUGAACUUAAAAGUACUUAAUAUUGGUUUGAUUGUGCUUUUGCUGUGUGAAAAAUAUGCAUGUGAAAAGGAAAAAAAGAAGCAGCAAAACCUUUGUUUCAUCUCAAUAACUGUUUCAGGGUGCUUGUUUGAUUCGACUCUGGAAGGCCACUGCGUUGUAGAUGCUGGUUAUUUACACAAGUUAUUCAAUCAGGAAAUAGAGAUAUAAGCAACAUUGUUCCACUGCCACAAACCAGAAAUUUGGUUUUGAUCCCCCCCCCAAUAUUUAGUAAAGAUGUGAAAAUUUUGCAAUUUAAUAAAAGAUUAAAUUUAUCUAAUAAA